AUCUGUCUCGUUGAAAUUGCAGAACGUGAGCGGAGAGCUCUGUCCUUAGUCCUGGCAUGGCGGCAGACGAGAGGGAGAAGUCACUGCAAGCUAAAAGAAGGCUGUCGAAGAAGUUAGCAAGGGUGCUGAAGGAAGUUUAAGCUCGAGGAUGACUCCCCCCACAUUGGCUUCCUUACAUAAGGCAUCAAUGUAUUGCAGCAAAAGCGGGCAUUUUCUUUAUGCUAGUGAAGCGUACUAGAUUUCACUCCUACGUCGACAAUUGCCCGUCUAAUCUACUGAGAAACCAAGAAGAGAGUGCGAUCGUCCAGCUAUGGCUCUGUCAACGACACUUCUAAUGGGCGUACGGUCGUCCCUGCGCUCUGUGGUUCUACGGCGUGGAUGCUAUUCCACCUCUGCUCCCUGGGCAGCCACCUAUCGCUCGUCUGGUCGAGUACACGCCAUGGCGGAUACAGGUAUUGCAGUCAUCGGCGGAGGCCUUGGCGGCCUCACGUUCGCCCGCGUCAUGCAGACCAAAGGCCUAGACGUGACCAUCUUCGAGCGAGAGCCCUCGCGGGAGUCACGGGGGCAAGGCGGCGUACUCGAUCUUCACCCCGAAUCCGGACAGUGGGCUCUCAUCCAAGCCGGGCUAGAGGCCGAGUAUCGGAGCAUGGCUCGCGCCGAGGGUCAGGACAUGCGCAUCAUGGACAAGCAUGGUAAUCUUCUGUGGGACGAGGUCAGCCCCGCUGACCUCAUGGAGCGACCCGAGGUAGACCGUCCCGCGCUCCGCAACCUUUUGAUUGAAUCCUUAAGGCCGGAGACCAUAAGGUGGGACCACCACGUAAUUUCCAUCGAGCCCAGUGGAGAUGAUGGGCCUUAUGAGAUACGCUUUGCAAACGGGGCAACGACGCGCGCUGCCGUCGUCAUUGGGGCGGACGGAGCACGCUCUCGUGUCCGCCCUCUCGUCAACGAUGCUGAGCCAACAUACGCUGGUGUGAGUUUUGUCGAAAUCGGUAUUCCCGAUGCGGAGAGGUUGCAUAUCGAAGCUGCCAAGACCGUUGGGCGGGGCAGCCUUUUUGCAUUGGGAGAUAACAAGGGCAUGAUUGCUCAACGCAAUGGAGAUGGCCGGAUUCGCAUCUACGUGGCGUUCAGGAUGCAAGAGGGUGGGUUUUCCGAGUUGGGUAUUGCUUUUAACGAGAGCCACGACCUCAUCCGAAAAGCCAUUAUGAACCAAUUCGAAGGAUGGGCCCCAGAGAUAAUUGACCUCAUCAGGGCUUGUGACAACUCCUUUGUGCCGCGCCCACUCUAUGCCCUACCGGUCGGCAUUAGUUGGCCAAGCAUGAAGACUGUGACUUUGCUUGGCGAUGCGGCACAUUUGAUGUCGCCAUUCGCGGGAGCGGGAGCUAACCUUGCUAUGCAGGAUGGUGCAGCACUAGCCUUGAAACUCUUUGAUUCAACAGAUUCUGCCAGUGCUAUCCUUGCUUUCGAGAGAGAAAUGUUUGAGCGGGCGGAGCAAGAAGCUCGUCAAUCGGAGGAAUGUCUAGGUAUGUGUAUUUCGCAAGAUGGCGCCACACGGUUUGCGCAACAAAUGUCGUACUAUCAGUCUGGUCAAUGAAUACCAUUGAAACAUUUGUGCAUCUUAACUUUAAGUAGCACUAACUGGUAUGAGCUGUUAGGGGAAGAACAAAGCCUGCGAGUUGACUUCAAUCUCCGGCACAGAGAUUGUACAUUGUGACCGCGAAUGAUUAGUACAUUGAAAGUUCCCAUGU